GUUUUGGUCCAUCCUUGGGAGGGCAAGGCGAUGGGGGAAUCGAGCGGGUCGGUCUCGGUGGAUGUGGAGAGGAUCUCGUUUGGCGGAAAGAUUUGCUGUUGACACGGCGGGUCUUGAUAACUGAUUGCUCGGCGGUGUAUGGGAUGUUGAAGUUGCUGCCUUGCAUCUGAUUUCGGAUUUUGAUGGAACAUCAUGUGCCAACCAAUCAUGGUCCCAUAUCAGUUGUGGUGUAUGGGGAUCUGGAGAAGCCUGCACUUGUUACUUAUCCAGAUGUUGCCUUAAAUUAUAUGUCCUGCUAUCAAGGAUUAUUUUUUUGCCCAGAAGCGGCUUCUUUGCUGCUUUAUAAUUUCUGCAUCUAUCAUAUUAAUCCUCCAGGUCAUGAGUUUGGUGCUGGUCCCAUUUCUUCAGAUGAUCCAGUACUGUCUGUUGAUCAAUUAGCAGAUCAGGUUGCGGAUGUGCUUGAUUUCUUUGGAUUAAAUACUGUCAUGUGCUUGGGAGUUACAGCUGGAGCUUACAUUCUUACUCUUUUUGCUUCGAAGUAUAGGGAACGGGUUCACGGUUUGAUACUUGUCUCACCUUUAUGUAAAGCUCCCUCAUGGAAAGAGUGGUUGUACAACAAGGUUAUGUCAAAUUUUCUGUACUUCUAUGGAAUGUGUGGCUUAAUUAAGGAAUGGUUGAUUCAGCGAUACUUCAGUAAGGAGGUCCGCGGAAGUUUUCAGGUUCCUGAGUCAGAUAUCGUACAAGCCUGUAGAAGUUUACUGGAUGAUAGGCAGAGUGUCAACAUUUGGCGAUUUCUUGAGUCUAUAAAUGAACGACCAGACUUGACAGAAGCAUUAAAGAAACUCCAGUGUAGGACUCUAAUUUUUGUGGGUGAGAACUCUCCCUUCCAUUCAGAUGCCGUCUACAUGGCCACCAAAAUGAACAGAAAAUUCAGUGCCUUGGUUGAGGUUCAGGCAUGUGGAUCUCUUGUGACUGAAGAGCAACCUCAUGCAAUGCUCCUACCGUUGGAGUACUUCCUUGUGGGUUACGGUUUGUACAGGCCAAGCCGGCCAAGUUGCAGCCCCAGGAGUCCGCUCAGUCCAUCAUGUAUAUCCCCAGAACUGCUUUCGCCGGAGAGCAUGGGUGUGAAGCUGAAGCCCAUCAAAACUCGCAUCACACUUUAAGUUUGAAUUAAAGCAGAGGAGAUAUAUGACGUUUGGCUCAGUGAAGCCUCGCCCAACUUACACGAUCCAUAUUGUGAAAAUUGUAGAAUAUCAGUCUGUAAUUUUGACUCUAGAUUUGUUUUUGGUGGCCUUCAAUGUGGAUCAGGUCACUGUAGUAUAGAUGAAUAGAAGGGGGAACAUUGCAGAGGACAAGCUGCAGAGAAGGGGAUGUUCAGUAGAUGUGAUUGUAUCGCAUUCAUUCUGAGUUAUACAACCUGUAAAUCUUCAUUAUUUACUUCGUUCAUUAAUAAUAAACUGCAGUGAACUGUUCUUGGUCACUGCACAUGUGUUGUA